AUGAGUGAAGCUUAAUGUAAUUUAUUAUUAAAAAUCAGAUUGGACAGCAGAAGGAGUAAAAACAUAAAAUUUAAUAUAUGAUUGUGCAGGUAGUUUUUUGUAUGGAGGCUAUGGCAUUUUUGGAGUAGGGGCGAAAAUCUCAAAAUAAUUAGAACUUCCUCCUCAUACUAAGAUAAAAUUCAAUAUAGAUAUAUGGAAGUAGUUAUUAAAAUAAAUAAAGAUUAGAUGAUUGGUAUGAAGAAUAUAUAUAAAUUAUAAUCGAUGAAUAAAUUUAUAAAAGUCAAUUGCUAUAUUAUUCAUAGGGAUCUCAGCUUUGUGGAUUAUUAGAAACAAAUGAGAAUGAAUUAAUUAUUCCAAUAGAAAUUAGUAUUUCUCACACUGCUAAAUUUUUAAAUAUUAUAAUAUUGUCUACUGUAAAUGAAGAUGGUUUUAAUGUAAAAUGUUAAUGAUAUGGAAGGAAUCAUGGGGUAUAAGAAAUUUAUAGAUACAGAUUUUACCCUGUCCAAAUUUAUGCACAAUCUGUGAUUAAGAACCAAUUUAAAUUUGUUCUACAAUAUUAAUUUAAGAAAUUAAGAUUAAUGAAUGGUAUAAUUAGAGUGAUUAGCCUAUCCAAUCAUCUGUAUGUAUUUCUAGUAUAAAAAUUUAAGGAGGAUUUGGUAUUUUAGAUAAAAAUAGUGUUAUAAAAAGUAGUGUUAAUCUUUCAGCUCCUCAUUAUUAAAUCAAAGUUAAACUUUAAUUGAUUCUUAUUGAUAUAUAAAGUCUAAUUAAUUAUUUUGUUUUGGAAAUUGAUGAUUUGAUUACAAACAUUUAAUUGACUUCAAAAUCAUAAUUAUCUUUAUGUGGCUCAUCCUAUUAAGAAAGUAUUAAGAAUAUAGAUGUAUCUAUUAACCAUACUAAUAACAAUUCGAUUAUAAAGAUCAGACCUAUUUAAUUAACAGGAUAAAAUGCCUAUUGGGGAAUUAUCUCAUUUGAUAUUUUCAUCAUAAAAUGUUCUGAUAAGAAUUGUUUAAAAUGUAUUGAAAAAGAUGUUUGUUUAGAGUGUAUUGAUGAAUGGGUUGUAGAGAAUGAUAAGUGUAAUAGAUGUAUAAAUAUAUAUAUAAAUAUAUUUAGUAUAAAAUCCAUUCAAAAUAAAACAAAUUAAAGUGAAAUAAUACAAAAAUAUACUUCUUGACUCACAACAACAAUUAAAAAAUGAAUCAAUAAUACUUAAUAAAGCUUAGAUAUUUAUGGAUUUAACUGUAACUACUUAAUGCAAUCAAAACAAUUAUAUUCAAAGUAAUUUUAUCAUUUGUCAUGCAUGUGAAGAAAAAAACAUUGCUUCUUUCUAAUUUAAGUGUCAAUUUAAGCUUAAUUAAAUGAUAACAUUUUCAAUAAAAUUAGAGAAAUUAAAUAUCACUUCAGAAGAAUUGUUAAUAAUAAGAAAUAAUUCAAAUUACUAAGUAAAUUAGAUAUUUUAUAAUAAUGAAAUGAAAUCAGAAACAAUUUUUGAAAUAAUCCAAAUCCAAAUCCAAAAAUGA